AUGGAAGUCGACGCGCAGGGCCUCCGAUGGAUCAAGAGUCCCAUCGCCAGGAGGGCAUCCGUCCAGGAGCCUCUCGUCGAAAUGAACUCGGAUCUUCCUUAUCCACACCAGCUGUUCUUUGACUUGUUCUUCGCCGCGAACCUCACCCUCUUCUCGGAUGUCCACCAGGUCUCCAGCAAAACCAAGCUGCUGUCUUAUGUAGAAUAUUUCUACAUACUAUGGUUCACCUGGGCGCUUGUCUCGCUGUUCGACGUCCGCUUCGUCACCGACAGCGUCUUUGAGCGCAUCGCUAGAGCAGGCCACCUGGGCGUCAUGAUUGGUCUGGCCGUGGUCGCCAGCGAUUUCCACCCAGAGAACCAGGACGAGCGCACGUUUCGGACCAUGUCCUUGUGUCUGGCUGUUUCGCGCCUCAUCCUCGCUAUUCAGUAUGCCACCGUCAUCUGGCACGUGAGAGGGUACCAUAGGACCAAGCUUCCGCUUGCCAUCAUGGCUUCUAUCCACCUCGCGUGUGCCAUCAUCUAUAUCGGCCUUACGUUUUCUUUCCAAGGUUACAACACCCUGGCCUAUGUGGCUUGGUAUGUUCUGGCGCUGGUGGAGGGCAUCUUGAACAUCGGGCUCUCUCUGGCGUUUGACGUCUUGAGCUUCAGAGACACACAUUUGCUGAAUCGCAUGGUCUUGCUCACAUUUAUUAUCCUUGGUGAGGGCGUGGUGGUGAUCUGUCAUGCUGUUUCCAGUAUUGUGGUCAACUCGAACGACUGGACUUCUUCGACAAUUGGUUUCGUCACAGCGGCCGUCGGUAACCUUUAUAUGAUCUGGAUGCUCUACAACGACUGGCAGCCCGCCGCCCACCUCCCAUCUAUCAGACAGCUGACCUGGGCCCUUAUCCAUUUCCCCUUUCACCUGGCCCUGAUCCUCUUCGUCGGCGGGUCUGCCCAGCUGAUCAUCUGGUGGAAGGUAACGGAGGUGCUAAACGUCCUGGAUGUGACAUUCAUCUCCGAAGGGGCGGCCAACUCGGACACAGCCAACACAGCCGUGGCGGUAAGAUCGGAGGUCUUGCAUGUCGUGAACCAGACAGCCCAGAAGCUGUUCGAGUCCUUCCCGCCCAAGAAAGUAUGGACUUAUGUGGACUACAACGCCUCGAUAACCGACUUGGAAACGCUUCCUCUCGUGUUCUGGGGAAAUCUGUCAAACUCAGUGCAAUCAGCCGAGCAAGCUAAUCCGAAUGAAUGGACGAGGUUCGAGCGCACCAUAAGCACAUUAUUAUAUACUAUGUAUAAUUCCUUGUUGGCGACCUUUGAGGUAGAUUCGAUGGACGAAGUCGAGUGGAAUGGAAACUCGACCCAGUUUGAGUAUGAGGUGACGGAGCUGAAUGACGACCGACGUUCGCUGGUGACCAUAUAUACCUUUGUCUGCGCAGGCAUAACUCUGAUCCUUAUGACCAUACUCUGGGUCAUUUGCCGCACGAAGCCCUGGUUUCGUUUCGACGUCCUCCGCGCCCUCAUCAACCUUCUGAUCGGGCUCGGCCUUGCCUUCGUGGGAUUCGUCGGCCUCAACGGGCAAGCUCUGGAUAACUUCCAAUCGUCCCCAUGGACGCUUCCCACGCUCUGCCUGACCUUGUUCAUUGUCAUGCUUUUCAACAGCUUGCCUAGAAAUAAGGAGGGCCAUUCCAAUGUGUUCGUGAGCCCAGGAGGGGACAAGAAGGCUGAGCACGCUACGAAGUCAUCGAGUUGA